GAGAACUGAAUACUAAUAUUCUGUAGAAAGUAUGCAUAAGAGAACUGAAUACUACAGGAUGAAUAAGGUUGUGAAGGUUGAUGAACCUGCUGCUGUUGUUUGUGCACAGCUCAGCUGCGGAGAUCCUCAGGAGAAUCUGUCUAACUGUAUCCUAAGUGGAGAUCUAACGACGUUCUCCUGUAUCCUGGCUGAUAUUGCACCACUAGACGAUCACCACCAACUCUCUCUAUCAGAUGACGAGAAGAAGGUGUAUCCACUCCCUGAAGAGCAUUGGAUAAAUCAACCUUUAAUCUCCGAUAAUCCGAACCUAGCGCAGCAGCUCCUUCUCCAGGUCUCGGUACAGCAGGGAGCGGUAGAGUUCACCCAGCUCCUGGUCCGAGCAGGAGCUAGAGCAAACAUGUACAAUGAUGAAACUAACCAGGCUGUAAUACACACAGCAGUUCUCAGUCAACAUGGAGAAGAUCAUUUAACAGCCCUACUCAGUGAUGAAAAGAACAAAGCUGAUAUAAACUGUACACUUCAACCUUCAAGUUUAACUCCUCUUCAUCUUGCUGCAGAGCGGGGCAAGCUGACCUGCCUCAACCUUCUCCUAGAACAUCCAGACAUACAGAUUGAUCCCCGAGAUGGUUCAGGAGGAAGAACUCCAUUGUUCCUGGCUGCAAGAGGGAAACAUGUUGAGUGUGUUAGGAAGCUUGUUGAGCAAGGUGCUAGCCUGGAUAUCAAGUGUGGAAGAACAACUCCUCGAACAGUUAUUCAAGAGAAUCUCCCCUAUCUGGAUUUAUCAAAAAUUAAAGUCAAAGAGAGACCAGUGGCCAACACAGUUGAAACCUUGUUUCAAUAUAUUGAGAGGAAGGAUUUCCUUCGGUUCAGAUAUACACUCACAAAGGUUUCUCUCAGGGAUGUGAGUGAGAAAAGUGUCCGAGGUUACACUUGUCUACAGAAAGCAGUUUUAGCAAACCUUCCAACAUUUGUUACUCAGCUCCUGAACCACGGAGUAAACCCAAACCUUUACUCCGUGGAGAACCCAGUCCGACCCGUCCUCCUAGCCUCGUACCGAGGUCACUAUCAGGUUUUGAGUGUAUUUGUCGAGGAACUUGAAACAGCUCUGAGCCUGGGAAAGGUUUCUAAGGUUUCUCCGAACUUUGCUGUUUGGAGCCGGGAUACACAGGAGACUUGUCUUCAUAUGAUUCUCAAGAAAAGUCACAGCAAGGCUCUUCUGGGACUUGGUUCUGAUUCUGAACUCAAGGGGUUGGAUGAGGAUUACAGGAAAUGUUUAAACAUCCUGCUGAGCAGUGAGCAGGUUAGAUCUCAGCUAGGACGGGUUAUCAACAAGAGAGAUAUUCUCAGCUAUACUCCUCUUCACUACGCAGCACAGAUGUGGUCUCAAGCUGAUAUAACUAAACUUUUGAAGUUGGGUGCCAAUAUUGGAGUCAGAAAUUCCCGCGGAGAAAUACCUCUGAGUCGAAUCCUUCCUGAAACCCUAGAGGAGUUUCUCAACCAUUGCUCCAACCACGAGAACCAUCCUUUACAUCAAGAUUUUAAGGUUGAGUUUAACUACAGUUGGUUAGCUCCACCAGUAGAUGAUUACCAGAGUGAAGAAUGGGAUCAACAUAGACAGGAUGAACUAGAGAGAGCAGGAUUACCAGAGACUGAGAGUUUAUGGUGUAUGUCUCAAUCCAAAUCUCACAGGCAUCUUCUUCGUCAUCCGACUGUUACAAGUUUUCUUUGGUUAAAGUGGCAGAGGGUUAGAAGGUUUUUCAGCCGGAAUAUUCGGAUAUACUUGCUGUUUGUGACCUGCCUUACUUGGUAUAUAUUCACGCGGUUCGGAGGGAUUAAACUAAACUCCUCCGAGCCUAGUUUAGAUACUGGAGCCCUGGAUCCUCCAGCAGUAUCAUCUUCGAACUCAACACAGUUCUGUAAACAUCCCAGGUUUGAUAGCGGAGCCCAGCUUGGUUUCUGGAUGGUUUUAUUCGUUAUUGAAUCCAUUUUCCUUCUCAUCUACGCGAUUAGAGAUCUAUUCAGAGAGUGUGGAUGUAAGUCCGGGACGGAUUUUAUGAUUGCUUUUCUCUCCAGUUGGUUCGAGAUGUUUCUGGCAGCCCUGAUCAUACUUAUCUUUAUUACUGGAGAAGGUGGGCUGUGGUGGGUUAUAACUCUUCUCUUUGUUACGCUGACAUUAAGGGAAAUAUUUCAAAUGACGGCAAGUCUUAAACGCUAUUUCUUCAGUUUAGAGAAUCUCUUGGAAAUUGCCAUGUUAGGUUUGCUUGGAGUUCUCCUGUUUGCUCCGGAUACCCUCGACCCUACGGAGGACGGAGAUUGUGUAGUUCUCCGACAUAUUGCGGCAGUUUGUAUCCUUCUAUCCUGGACGGAGAUGAUUAUCCUGGUUGCAAAACAUCCCAGACUCUCCAGAUACAACGUGUAUAUCUCAAUGUUCUACAAAGUGCUUCAAACCUUCUUCCUGUUCCUUGUCUGGUAUUCAUUCUUCAUUAUAGCAUUCGCCCUUGGGUUCUACAUCAUGCUUCAUAAGGAUAUUCCAAACUUUACUCCGGACUCUGAUCAUUAUGUUUACUUUGACAGUCCUUGGACUAGUCUAGUAAAGACGAGCACAAUGUUUGUUGGAGAACUAGAGUUCUCAGAUAUACCGAUAGAUACAGAGAGCAAUCUUGCAUGGCUGUCCUUUACCUUCCUCCUGGUCUUCGUGUUCUUCAUCGUUGUGAUCUUGAUGAACUUGUUGAACGGUCUAGCGGUCUCCGACACAGGGAUCAUCAUGGAGAAGGCGGAGAUAGUUUCAUAUACUGCCAGGGUUGAGACUAUAUCCUAUAUGGAGAGUGUACUACUGGGAGAUCCAUUUCUCUUCUUAUCUCACUGGCCAAGGGUCUCAUGUCUAGCUCGGCUACCUAGUCUAGCACUUUGUAAUCAGGUUUACUCUGCUUGUCCUGGAGCUCGAAAAGUUGGACACUGUUUAACAGGUGCUACUGGUAUCCUACUGUUCUACAGCCUACUACCAGAGAAGAAAGCAUCUUUUCCAAUGGAAGAUAAGGAAGGAUGUGGAGGAUGUAGAGUAGUUCAAGAUAUUCCUCAAGAUAUUCUCCAGGCUGCCAGGGAUCUAGCAUUGAAGAAAGAAACGGAGAAGGAAGAGGAGGCUGAUCAGAAAAUCAACUCCAAGAUCUUGAAGAUGCUUGAGAUUCAGCAGGAGCAAAUACAGUCAUUACAAGCUCAGCUUCAAACAGUUAUCAACAAAACCUGUUAAUUUGGAUCAGUGAUAAAAACUAGUACCUUUAUCACGUAACUGCACUUUCUCGUUACACAGUUAAAUAAUGAGAUAUCAGACACGAUUGGAAGUAAUUCAGUCUAUCCUUUUCCUUACAUUUUUGAUUCCAUGAAAUUGAUUUUUUUUAUUUAUUACAUAAUUUACGGACUAAAAAAGACGCAGUAGACCAAAUCCAACUUUUAGUUUGUUAAAUAUCAAAAGAGUUUCAAGUCGUAAUAAAGGGGUUGUAAAGGAAAAAUGAAAGGGGGUAUAGGCUGAAACCUGAGAAUCUCAGGG